GACUUCCCUCAUAGGAUGGCCCCCAAACGCCAAUGUUCGCUCCAGUCUCAAACAAAAAAACCCAAACUGCCUGCCGCCCCUGAGCAGGUGAAUUCAUCGGCCUCUCUGGGUUUGCCGAAGGGAGAAAAAGAACAACAAGAAGCAACUGAACAUAUCGAUGAAGUACAAAAUGAAAUAGACAUACUUAAUGAACAAGCCAGUGAGGAGAUAUUGAAAGUAGAACAGAAAUAUAACAAACUCCGCCAACCAUUUUUUCAGAAGAGGUCAGAAUUGAUCGCCAAAAUCCCAAAUUUUGGGGUAACAACAUUUGUCAACCACCCACAAGCGUCCGCACUGCUUGGAGAGGAAGAUGAAGAGGUGCUGCAUUAUUUGACCAGAGUUGAAGUGACAGAAUUUGAAGAUAUCAAAUCAGGUUACAGAAUAGAUUUUUAUUUUGAUGAAAAUCCUUACUUCGAAAAUAAAGUUCUCUCCAAAGAAUUUCAUCUGAAUGAGAGUGGUGAUCCAUCUUCAAAGUCCACUGAAAUCAAAUGGAAAUCUGGAAAGGAUUUGACGAAACGUUCAAGUCAAACGCAGAAUAAAGCCAGCAGGAAGAGGCAGCAUGAAGAACCAGAGAGGUUCUUUACCUGGUUUACUGACCAUUCUGAUGCAGGUGCAGAUGAGUUAGGAGAGGUCAUCAAAGAUGAUAUUUGGCCAAAUCCAUUGCAGUACUAUUUGGUUCCUGAUAUGGAUGAUGAAGAAGGGGAAGGAGAAGAAGAAGAUGAUGAUGAUGAUGAAGAAGAAGGAUUGGAAGAUAUUGAUGAAGAAGGGGAUGAGGAUGAAGGUGAAGAAGAUGAAGAUGAUGAUGAAGGGGAGGAAGGAGAGGAGGAUGAAGGAGAAGACGACUAAUUGAACACUGAUGGAUUCCAACCUUUUUCUUUCUUUCUUUUGUUUUAUGUUUUUUUCUUUUGUUUUUUGUUUUUUUAAUUCAGUCCCUGGGAGCAAGUUGCAGUCUUUUUCCCCCCUCCCCCCCACCCCCUUGUGCUCAGUCGCCCUGUUCUUGAGGUCUCUUUUCUCAAACCAUGCUUCUCAACUUAUUUUGGGGGGAAAUACCUUGAGCAGAGUACAAUGGGAAAAGAAUCUCUACACCCUUCUGUUCGAAAUUCAUUUUUAUCCCUUCCUGUCUCAAAACAAAAAACAAAAAACUGUAUGGAAUCAACACCACCGUGCUCUGUGGGAAAAAAGAAAAACCUUCUACUCCUUUCACUCUGCUGGAAGUUGGAGGGUGCUAGGCCCCUGUGUAGUAGUGCAUAGAAUUCUAGCUUUUUUUCCUCUUUUCUCUGUAUGUUGGGCUCAGAGAUUACACUGUGUCUCUAUGUGAAUAUGGACAGUUAGCAUUUACCAACAUGUAUCUGUCUACUUUUUCUUGUUUAAAAAAAGAAAAAAAAAAACUUAAAAAAAUGGGGUUAUAGAAGGUCAGCAAAGGGUGGGUUUGAGAUGUUUGGGUGGUUAAGUGGGCAUUUUGACAACAUGGCUUCUCCUUUGGCAUGUUUAAUUGUGAUGUUUAACGGACAUCCUUGCAGUUUAAGAUGACACUUUUAAAAUAAAAUUCUCUCCUAAUGA